AUGUCCGGAGCAGCCGCGGGGAAAGGCACAGCGCCAGAGCCUGACAGCUCCGAAGAGGAGCUGGAAGCGGGGGGCGCACCCCAAGCAUGCUACGGGCAGGGUCUGUGGGUCCCCCAGAGCAGGGAGGCAGCCGCCCACCUGGGCGACACCGAAGGGAUGAAGGUGAGGAAGAGGAGCAGGCCGGUGCGCUCCAAGGCCAGGAGGAUGGCUGCCAACGUCAGAGAGCGCAAGAGGAUCCUGGACUACAACCAAGCCUUCAAUGCCCUGCGGCUGGCCCUUAAACAUGACCUCGGUGGCAAAAGGCUUUCUAAAAUCGCUACCCUCCGGCGAGCCAUCAACAGGAUCACGGCUCUGUCCCUGUCCCUGCACGGCGCCGGGCGCUGCUGGCCCUGCACCCACUCUGAGUGCUGCGGCCGGCCCGGGGUCCCUGUGCAGGAGCCGGGGGCGAAGGCCAGCCGCCCCCAGCUCCCCUGGCAGCCUGGUUACGCAGGUGCUGCCAGCUUGCCGCGCUGCCCUCCAUCCCCUCUCUACGCCGUGUUUUCCCCCGAGAGGCAGCUCCAUCACUACGAGAGCCUGAAGGAGGAUUGUUCUGUGCCCAGCCCUGUCUAUUGCUCCAGCGGGACCCACCACCCCGGGCUGCGAAGCGCCUGCCAGCAGAGAUACACGGGCAGCCUGCAAGACCCCCUGGCCGGGGCGGUCCCCUGGCAGCUGGGCUAUUGCCAGAGCUGGGGACACCAGCAGUGCCUCCCCAUCCACUGACCUGCAGG